UACAGACACAAGCAUGUAAUCGAGUGCGAGGAGAAAAUGCCAUAGGACUAAUCAAGUUAUUUUACAGGGCACAAUGGACAAAGCAGGCAAUUCGACUGUAUUGGAUUUCAACACUGUGAAGGUGAUCUGUAAUACCCUGGAAAAUGUAGUGAAAAGAUCCUUUGGCCCUCUAGGAUUGCAAACUUUACUGUGUACUGAUACCGGCCAUUUGGUCGUGACUAAUGAUGGACUAACCAUAUUAGAAUCACUACACCUGUCACAUCCUAUUGCCAAAUUGAUCGUCCAAUCACUGUCAAAAACAGUACACUUUACUGGGGACGGAAGUAAGACAUUUAUAUUGUGGCUGGCAAAAUGUGUAAGUGAUAUGGAAGAGGAAAUCUCACUAAACAGUGCACAGAGAAUGGCAACAAGUGGAUUGUGUUGUAGUGGGGAAAGUAAGUGUAGAUUACAAAUAAGUAGAGGGCUUAAAACAAUUCUCCCAGAACUUCUGAAAGGUAUUGUUGAAUAUGUGUGGGACCGUUCAGCAGUAUGUAGAUGUAGAAAGAGAAAGAACCAAGUCAUCUCCUGCUCAAGAAGGAUAAUUCACACAGUCUUCAGACCACACUUUCCUCAGAACGUUUCAAAUACUUUCACAGAUCUUUUAUGUAAGAUAGUGCAGUUUGAAAACAAUAGUGACAUCAAAACAUUUCUUCAGUUCUUCAUUGAUAACAUUGAAACCCUGUGUAUCAAGGUACCCAACCAACCAUAUACAUCCUCAACUUUAAUUGAGUCAUUUGUUAUCCAGCGAGAAUUCACAGUUUAUUGCCCUCAGACUUUGAAAGGGAAUGUAAAGUUUGUGCUUCUUCGAUGUUUGAUUGGUCAGUUGAAUACAGAAAAGGAAAACAAUGAGAAAAUCAGGCUAACAAGUUCACAAGUGAUUGGUCAGUUUUUACAAAACCAAAAGAAACUGGUUAAAGAUUUCAUCUGUGUAUGCAAGCAACAUGAAGUUACCCUUGUCUUAAGCACAGAAAAGGUACCAGACUUUAUUCAAGCCAUCUUUCAAGCUAGUGCUAUUUCUCUUGUCCACUUUGUGUUGGAUGAGGAAGCUGAGUUCCUGGAGACCAGUCUUAAGAUACAGCCAAUCACUAACCUAUUUGACUGCAUCGAAGAGCAAAAUAUCGGUUUAUCAAAACAAUGUAAUGCGUUGACAAUAGCCAGCCGUAGGUGUGUACAUUUGAACCUCCCCGAGCUGCCUCACAUGUUGCUGGUAUGUGGACUCUCGGAUGGACUGUGUAAGCAGGUAUUGUUAGCCUCCAUCAAAGCUCUGAAAACACUACUACAUUAUCACCAAACUGAAGACUUGAUAUCCAUCGUCACUCAAGGGGAGACAACUAGUCAAACUGGCUUGACAAAGGUUAAUCAUUUGUGUGCUGCUGACGCGACUGAAGAAAAAUGGGAACAUUCUUCAGAUAACAAGGAAAAAGUAGAAACAGCCACCACAGGAUGUGUUAGUUUAUGUGUUUGUAGGAACUGUGUGCCAGGCAAUGGUGGUUUUGAGUUCAUGGCUGCUAAAUACUGCCAGGAAAGGGCAAAGGAAAUGAGGACAGCAGAUGUAGGGCUGUCCACCUUAUUACAGAUUAUCUCAAAAACCUUACUUAUUGUGCCUCAAACACUGCAUGAAAACUCUUGUGGAUCUCAAAGAGACAUGGUCAACUUUAUUGCAAAACAAAAGUCUGUUUUUGAAAAAUUAGAUCAAAUGGAGAAAUGUGGUUUGAAGAAGGAUAUUUUGACACCUGUUUUUGACCAUAAUGCUGAAGAAAGUCUUGAACCUCUCAGCAGUAAGGUUCAUAUGUUUUCUACGGUCAUAGAGUUACUACAGCAGAUUGUAAGGGUUGACUCUGUUGUUGGAGUAAAAAGUAUUCAUAUAUAAAACCCUAGUUAACUGUUGCCUUUCUACUUGCUGAUUUUUCAUUUAAGACAAAAUAAAGAAAUCUUUGUUU